GCCUGUCGUGACGGGGAGAAUCGCUGAAGCUAGAAGCAAAGCCAACCGUGGUCGCAUUGCGCCAGCCCUCAUACCAGUCCAUUCCCGACUCCAUCGGCCGAAGCGAGAGACCCUCGACGCGCCGAGCACUUCCUAUUCCUCUCUGCAGCUACAUCUAGGUCGGAGCUGCCUCUAGCUCAAGCAGUUUAACAUGCCUAAGUUUUUCUGCGACUAUUGCGAUGUCUACCUGACGCACGACUCGAUGAGCGUGCGCAAGGCGCACAACAGCGGCCGGAACCACCUCCGCAACGUGAUAGAAUACUAUCAGCAGAUCGGACACGAAAAGGCCCAGUCCGUCAUCGACUCCAUCACGUCGUCCUACGCCGCCGAGGGCCAGGCCCACGCCAACCCCAUGCUGCCGCAGAACCAGCCCGGCGGCGGCGGCUUCCCUCCGCCAUUUGCCUUCCCUGGUGGAAUGCCGCCUCCGCCCUUCCCCGGCAUGCCAGGCGCCCCGCCGCCUCCCGGCGGCUUCCCCGGCGGGAUGCCACCUCCCCUCCCUGGUGCCCGCGGCCUUCCCAUGCCGUUCCCUCCCCCCGGCGUGUCGGGCCCCGGCGGCCUGCCCAUGCCCCCGCCCGGCGCGCUCCCCCCCGGCAUGCCGCCGUUCCCGGGCAUGCCGUUCCCGCCUCCGGGCGCUGGCGGCGUGCCGCCACCAAACUUCCCGGGCUUCCCCGGCAUGCCACCCCCGAUGCCCGGCGCCGCGCCCUUCCCUGGCAUGCCGCCUAUGCCCUUCGUCCCUGGCGGCAUGCCCCCCGGCGGUGCUCCCCCGGGCGCGGACGGCAAGCGGUGAGCAUCGGACGUUUUCGGAGUUUACGCUCGGGGUUAGCCAAUGGCCUGUACGCGCCUUUUGGUCAACAGCCCUCAUGUUUGAAUCUUCUCCCUUUUUUUCCUUCUCGCUUUCUCUCUCGAUACCUCAUGUACAUAUAGGUUUUUAUUCAAAUUGUCGGGAGCUUGGGCGUUAUGGGCUUGCCUUUAUCAACAGAAAAGACCCGUGGCCAAGACGACAUGGGAUCGCUGUAGCGUCAUCAACAUUACGCAGGACAUAGACGAGUGCUGCGGUGGGACAGUAAUCAAAGGCGAGACCACACGCAUGUCUGCAAUCAGAAAAUCUCCAAUGUUCAGUAUAGCGGCAAGCAGCUGAAAUUGAGCGCUCAUUCAAAGUAUAUCCUCCUCUA